AAGCAAAAGACAGACGAUUUGGGCUGUUCGCUAUUUCUGUGUAUUCUCCAGCCUGUUUUACGAAGGUUUUGAAGACGUUUUACAGCAUGUAGCGUGCGUACUUCUAUCCAUUGCUUUGCCCUCGGAGACUGAACUAAUCGAUUACCGACACCGUGUGUUUACGUUGGAACGACUGGAAGCGCUGGACGUUUCUUGUGCUGAAACAAAGGUUGAUCUGCGUCACAACAAUAACAUCCACGUAAGAGGACCAGUCCUCUCUGAUACCCCUUCUCUGGCCCUGGCUUGGUGUCCGUGGUCCCGUCUGUAAUCGGCAGAAUGAAGAGUCCACCGUGGCCUAAGGGAAAGAAACUGGUCCACCUGGAUUUGAAAGGUGCCCCCCCCAGGCUGGAAUACCUCCUCAAGCUGAUCGAGCUGUUCUCCAAGCUGGGAGUCGACGGCCUGCUGGUGGAGUAUGAGGACAUGUUCCCUUAUGAUGGGGACCUGAAGCUGCUGCAGGCAACAGCCCAGCCACCUUACAGCCGAGAGGAGGUCCUGUCGAUGCAGGAAUUAGCCAAAUCUAAGGGCAUGGAGGUCAUCCCACUUGUGCAGACCUUUGGCCACAUGGAGUUUGUGCUGAAGCAUCGACCCAUGUGGAGCCUGAGAGAGAUGGCGCCGUGUGUGAGCACCCUGAAUCCCCACCGAACAGAAGGGGUGAGGCUGGUGAUGGAGAUGCUGAGGCAAGUGGUGGAGCUACAUCCAGGCUUAAAUGCACUGCAUAUCGGAGCAGAUGAGGUGUACAUGCUUGGCGAGGGGGAGGAGUCCAAGCUCUGGUUGGCUUCGCCCGGACGUACUGUGGAGCAGCUUUUCCUAAGUCAUGUGACCAAGGUGGCUCAAGCCAUCAAAGAGGCGUGGCCAGACAUGACCAUCAUAAUGUGGGAUGAUAUGAUGAGAGGCAUGAGCCAGGACACACUAAAAGCUAGUGGCCUAGUGGGAUUGGUCCAGCCCAUGUUGUGGGACUACACCCCAAAUCUUGAUGUGGACACAACUGUGUCUCUGCUGGAGAAGUACUGCCGUGCCGGUAUGUCCGACCUGUGGGCGGCCAGCUCCUUCAAAGGCUCCACCAGUGUGCACACCUGUGUGCCCAGCACGCAGAGGCAUGUGGAUAAUCAUGUGCAGUGGCUGAAGGUGGCUGCUGCUUUAUCUGCCGCCGUAAACCUGCAGGGCAUCGCCAUCACAGGCUGGCAGAGGUACGACCACCUGUCGGUGCUGUGCGAGCUAAUGCACGUGGGCCUCCCGUCGCUGGCGGCCUGUCUCCAGACGCUCAGCCUCGGUGAGUUCAGCCCUGAGGCUCAGAGCAAAGUAGCCGAGACACUGGGUAUCUCCUCAGUGGAGGCAGAGGCCAUGGGGAGGACGACCGAGGACGAGUCGUUGUUCCCAGGCAGGAGGCUGGCUGAGUUAACUGUAGAGCUCAAUUCACUGCUCAACUCGGAGGACAUACGAUUUUUUGAAAACAACAUGUAUGUUAGAGGUUGGUUCAGCUCCUACCACCAACAGAGGAAGAUGGUGAGCCCUCUCAUCGCUAUGCAGAUUCAGAGCCAAGCAUCAGCGUAUUUGACGGCGUUACAAGAGAAGGUGGAGGCAUUGAGAGAGGAGAUGGUGCUUCUGUACCCGGAGUCGACAGCCCAGGAGUGGAUCGUUGAACACGUCAGCCCCGUAUUGGCUCCUUUGCAGAGGAUAACGGAGGAUAUCACAGCCUGCGUCAAUGAGAUGGUGCCUUCUAAUAUUUUGCCGGCUCACAAUCAAACUGCGUCAUUUGAGUGACUUAUGUGUAGAUUUACGCUAAAUGUAUCAAUUGUAGCAAUGACCACAACAACAAAAAAGACUUUGGGUUUGCAGUUCUAGUAAUUUUAUAUAAUUCCUCCAAAUGCAUCAAAGUAAACACAGACAAUAAAAUUAACCAACAAAAA